CGAAUUUCAGCACCGCAGAGCAUCAUGUCGGACCCUCGUUUCGCCAGGCUCAGGUCGGACCCGCGGUUCCGCAAGCCGCGUAAGGACAAAUCGAAGGUGGUUGUGGAUGACCGCUUCAAGAGUGUUUUCGCCCCCAAGGCCACGAAAUCCCGCGUAGAUAAGUACGGCCGCAGAGUGUCGAAGAAGGAACAGCAGGAGGAUCUCCACCGCUUCUACCAGCUCGAAAAAGAGGAAGCCGGGCCGUCAGCACCAGAUUAUGCUCGCGGUGAAGCCUUACUAGAAUCUUCUGAUGAGGAGGAGGACGAGGAAGAAGAGGAAGAGGAGGAUAGUGACUCUGCAGGACACACCUCGGCACUGCCCAUCAAUCUCACCAAGGACUCGCUCGAAGUCGAUCUGGACGAGGACAACUUCGAGGAUCUCGAUGCUCAAGCCGCUGAAUACUCCAAAUCGCACCCUCAAGAAUCUGCAUCUGAAGGGAAGCGGUCGCAUCGUCUCGCGGUCGUGAACCUUGACUGGGAUCACGUCCGGGCUUCGCAUCUGUUCAAAAUCUGCUCGUCGCUCGUUUCGCCCUCGGUGAGGAAAACGUCUGGGCAGAGCGCGGCGCCGCUCGUAGUCGGAAGGGUCCUCAGUGUCCGUGUAUUUCCCAGCGAAUUCGGCAAGGAGAGGCUGGCGCGGGAAGAGAAGGAGGGCCCUCCUCCGGAAAUCUUCAAGAAGACCAGCGUGGAUGAAGAGGAAGAGGUGAACGAGCGAACCAUCUUUCAGGUCGGUGACGAGAACCAAUACGACGAUGAUGCUCUGCGGAAAUAUCAACUUGAACGGCUCAGAUACUAUUACGCAAUUAUCACUUGUGAUACUCCAGAGACGGCAGCUCAUAUCUACUCUGAGCUGGAGGGGACCGAGCUGGAGCGUUCCGCGAAUGUGUUCGAUUUGAGCUAUGUCCCAGACGAGAUGGAUUUCGACGCAGAGUGCCGAGACGAGGCUACCGAAGACCACAGCUCGACAUACAAGGGCGUAGACUUUGUGACCGACGCUCUCCGGCACUCGAAGGUCAAACUGACGUGGGACGACGAUGAUCCAGAACGCAACAAAAUCACGCGCCGUAACCUAACCAAGCAGGAGAUCGAGGACGGCGACUUUCGAGCAUAUCUGGCCUCGUCCGACGAGGACUCGGACGCGGAGAAAGACAUGGGCCGGGACAAGCUACGCUCGCUGCUGCUCUCCGGCGACGGAGGCGAUCUCCCGGAGGGCUGGGACCGCGGGGAGGAUGACGAUCGCGGAGACGUGGACAUGGAGAUCACCUUCACCCCUGGAUUGACCAACACCGCCGACAAGGACGAAACCACACUCGAAAAGUACCAGCGCAAGAUGCGAGAAAAGCGGAAACAGCGGAAGAGUAACAAGGAGCAAGGGCCCGCUGAAGCUGAAGCUGAAACAGACGACUUCUUUGAUGCGGGUGACGGUGAUACCGUGGAGAAGAGCGUCCCUGUGCGAGAAAUCUCCACGGCGGACGAGCUCUCUCUCCUUGUUUCGUCAGACAACAAGACCGAUGAUCCUCGGCACUUUGAUAUGCAAGCCAUCAUCAAAGCAGAAAAACUGGCCAAACGAAAGGGUGGCAAGAAGAUCAAGAAGAAGCAGGGUAACGAGGACGCCAACGAAAUGCAGGAGGACUUCAAGAUCAAUGUCGAAGAUCCCCGCUUCAAAGGCCUGCACGACGAUCAUGCGUUUGCAAUUGAUCCCAGUAACCCCCAAUUCAAAAAGACGCAGGGCAUGACAGCGCUGCUCGACGCACGGUCCAAGCGUCGCAACCAGCGCGAAGAACCCGCAGCAGCCAAGCCCAAAAAUGACUCAUCGCGGUCACUGCAGAAUUUGGUGGAAAGCGUGAAGAGGAAGAGCACCUCGGUGACGAAGGGUGACGGCAAACGACGUAGACUGCAGUAGCCUGUAUCUACGAUGCGCGUAAGUUACUCGACAUCCAACGGAGCCUGAAGGGCAAGUCGCUCAAAGCUAAGGUUCAAAAUCAAGCUGUUUCCGAGCGGCAGCGAACUGCGUUGAUCCGUGCAGCCAUCCUCUGCUUAUGCUCUCUCUAAUUGAGAACGUUGGUCGUUGGGCAUACUACGAGUCCUCUUCGCGCUCCACAGCGCUCCACAGUCUCGAACGGCGCGCCUGCCGGAUUGAUACCCACAGACACGUGCCCGCUUCGGGUCUUCGAUCAGGCAGCCGUUCUGAAGACGGCGCCGCUCAAGCCUCGUCCGGGAUUUAUCCGCUGGUUGCGCCCGUGUGCGCUGCGCUCAGCGAUACUGGCUGCUGGGAACGCAUUCCACGGUGCAUUACGCAAACUCGGGUCUCGGAGAAACUUGGAGCGCGAGAAGGUGCUCCUGAUGAAUGUCCCUGCAGACGCACGGUCACACGAGGGCUGUAGGUGUGCAAAGGUAUAGUAUAAAAGCUCGCGUCGAGGUCCAGCACUCUCAACAAGGUCGCUGCGCUCCAUUCGCCUGCGAUGUUUCCCGCCGUUGCUCUCUUCUCGCUCUGUCUCGUCGCUGUGUCUAGUGCGCAGCAGAUCGGCACCCAGAUGGCGGAAGUCCACCCAACGCUGACGACGCAGAAGUGUACGGCCCCCGGAUCUUGCACGACCGUGCAGAGCUCGAUCGUGCUCGACUCCAACUGGCGGUGGACCCAUCAGACCUCGUCCACGACGAACUGCUACACCGGCAACACCUGGGACGCGGCACUCUGCCCUGAUGCGACGACUUGUGCGCAGAAUUGCGCCUGGAUGGGGCCAACUACCAGGGCACCUACGGGAUCACCACCUCUGGUGAUGCUGUGACACUCAAGUUCUUGACAGGCUCCAACGUCGGCAGCCGCGUCUACUUGAUGGCCGACAACACACACUACCAGAUGUUCUCUCUGCUCAACCAGGAGUUCACCUUCACCGCGGAUGUCUCCCAGCUAGGAUGCGGUCUCAACGGCGCGCUAUACUUUACUGAGAUGGACGCUGAUGGAGGUCUCUCGCGCUUCCCGGACAACAAAGCGGGCGCCCAAUAUGGCACAGGCUACUGUGACGCGCAGUGCCCCCAGGACCUGAAGUUCAUCAAUGGAAAGGCUAAUGUCGCGGGCUGGACUCCCUCUUCAAACGACCCGAACACGGGCACUGGUUCGAUGGGCACCUGCUGCAACGAAUUGGACAUCUGGGAGGCCAACAAGUUCGACACGGCAUUCACUCCGCAUACCUGCUCUGUUGUCGGACAGACGAUGUGCACCGGAACCGACUGCGGUGCCGGCAGUGAUCGGUACAAGGCGUUGUGCGACAAGGACGGCUGCGAUUUCAACACCUACCGCUGGGGCGACAAGUCCUUUUUCGGCCCCGGCCUCGCUGUUGAUACCACGAAGCCGAUCACGGUGGUCACGCAGUUCCUCACCAGCGACAACACGACCACCGGCACCCUCUCUGAGAUCCGGCGGCUGUACGUCCAGAACGGGACAGUCAUCCAAAACGCACCCGCGAAGAUCCCCGGCCUCACCGAGUACAACUCGGUUUCGGACGCGUUCUGCCACGCGCAGAAGAACGUCACCGGGGACACCAACAGCUUCGAGUCGCGCGGCGGAUUGGCCACGAUGGGCGCGUCGUUGGCUCGGGGAAUGGUCCUCGCGCUUUCCCUGUGGGAUGACGACACGGCGGACAUGCUCUGGCUCGACAGCGCGUAUCCGACGACGGCCAGCCCCUCCUCCCCCGGGAUUCUCCGAGGGCCCUGCGACGCUGCUUCUGGCACUCCCCAGGCCGUCCAAUCGCAACAGCCCAAUGCGCAAGUCACCUACUCGAACAUCAAGACCGGUCCCAUUGGCUCGACUUUCUAAACCAUACACAUACAUUAGAACAAGCAACUGUAAAUACCCUAAAGUGAAUUGAAUCCGAGUGAAUUGGACCGA